CUUAAUACAUGCCUUCUCCGUGGAAUCCCAGUUCUCGAGUCUUUACCUCUCUGCGCGUUCUCUCUCGUUCUCUCUCUAACACUCCUUGUCUUGAGAGCAACUUCGUUGGCUAAUUCAGUUCGCAUAAUGUCGGGGAAAAGGAGGAGGAAGUUGAAAUCGUUAAGUGAUACUAUUGCAGACAACAGAAGAGCAGCAAAUGAGGUGAAAAACGAACAUUUGGAGCUGCAAAAUUGGUCUGAUCUUCCUGCGCAUCUCUUAGAAUUGAUUUUGUCCCAGCUGGCCCUAGAAGAUAAUGUACAUGCGUCUGCCGUUUGCAAGAGUUGGCAUUCUGUUGCUACCGCUGUUCGUGUUGUGAAUCAAUCCCCAUGGCUCAUGUACUUUCCAAAAUUUGGCAGCUGGUAUGAUUUCUAUGACCCUGUGCAGCGCAAGACCCAUUCCCUUGAGUUGCCAGAGUUAACUGGCUCUAGAGUGUGUUAUACAAAAGAUGGUUGGUUACUACUUUACCGACCCAGAACACACCGGGUGUUUUUCUUUAAUCCUUUUUCACGGGAGAUAAUCAAACUGCCAAGAUUUGAGAUGACAUACCAGAUAGUUGCCUUUUCCUGUGCUCCAACAUCUCCCAGCUGUGUUCUGUUUACUGUUAAGCAUGUUAGUCCUACCGUUGUGGCUAUUAGCACUUGUUUUCCUGGGGCAACAGAAUGGACUACUGUCAAUUACCAGAACCGUUUGCCCUUUGUCAGUAGCAUUUGGAAUAAGCUUGUCUAUUGUGAUGGACUUUUUUAUUGUCUGAGCCUUACAGGUUGGCUAGGGGUUUUUGACCCAGGUGAAUGUACAUGGAAUGUUCUAUCGGUACCUCCACCCAAAUGCCCAGAGAAAUUCUUUGCCAAAAAUUGGUGGAAGGGGAAAUUUAUGACAGAGCACCAAGGAGAUAUAAUAGUUAUCUAUACUUGUUCUAGUGAAAACCCAAUUAUUUUUAAGUUAGAUCGGGAACUUCUGGAGUGGGAAGAGAUGAAAACACUUGAGGGAGUAACUCUUUUUGCUAGCUUCCUGUCAUCUCAUUCAAGGACUGAUCUCCCUGGAAUAAUGAGAAACCACGUCUACUUCUCUAAAGUUCGUUUUUAUGGAAAACGCUGCAUAUCAUUCUCUCUUGAUGACUGUAGAUACUAUCCUCAUAAGCAGUAUCAUGACUGGGGAGAACAAGACCCUUUUGAGAACAUUUGGAUCGAACCACCAAAGGACUUCUCAGCCUUCACAUGAGGAGUAUCAAUGAAAUUAGUAUGUCCAAAAGUAUAUGUAUAGACUUGAUUAUGACUAAAUCUCAAUCACUUACAAUAACUUGGAUACAUGUUUUGAUAUUUAUGCAUAUUUACUUUAGGUUUCAUGUGUUGGUAUUAAUUUCAAGUUGUAUUCGAUUAUUAAUGCUCUCUCCCGACAUUUUAACUGCAAACUUCUUGUCUGUUUCCAAUUCAGUAUUUUGUUCCUGACAAUUCUAUAUGGUGUAAUAUGAUCGUGAUUGAUGUCUGUAUAA